AUGCCUCCCAGCGACAUACCCCCCUUCCGCUACUCCCGCUUCUCCACCAUCGACCUCCCCUGGAUCUACCGCCUAACCACCCACCUCGAAGCCCACGGCAUCCCGGUCGUCCUCAUCAACCGCGCCCUCUUCCGCGCGCUGAACUGGACCGACAACCUCCUGCUCGACCCAUGCAUCGACCUCGACAUUCCAGGGCAGCGCAUCGCCUGCGCCGUCAGGGUGCUCCGCGCCGCCGGCUUCGACGACGCGCCGCGAAGCGCCGAGAGGGUGCUGCCGUUGAUGCAGAAUUGGCCAAAACCAGCACCCCACCCAUCCAGUUCCGAAGGCCCGCGCCUCAUCGACGCAUGGUGGGCGCCCUCGGCGGCCUUCUACGUGCACCGGGGGCCGUACGACGCGGCGCGCCACCAUCAGCUGUGGAGCGUGGGACCCGAGCCGGACAGCGGGGACGCGGUCGAAGACCCCGGGAAUGAUGUUCUACUCCGCAUCUUCGCGCAUGAGCAGUAUUUCUGGUUGUUCAGAGCGCCGACUCUGGGACUGCCUGCUAUGGCUGAAGCCACGGGGGCGGAGGAGCUGUUCGCGGAGGAAGACGAGCCGUUCGAUUGCUACACAACGGUGAGUGCAGACGUACCCUUCCCCGAUUCCGACAACCCCAAUACUGACGACACCAACGAAGAAGAAGAAGAAGAAGAAGAAGAAGAAGAAGAAGAACGAGCCGGGUCCUGGAUGGCCAGGGUGAUGCGGCCGGCGCAGUACGUGGAGGCGAUGAUGUUCCUGCACCUGCGCGACCGGCGACGCAGCCACGGACACGAGGGCGGCACGAGCUGGGAUUUGACCUACGAUUUGCUCCUCGACCUGGCGCAAAGCAAGCGGCCUGCUCUCCUCGAGCCGGCGGAGUUCCAUCCGGCAUUACGCUGGUACUUCGAAAAAGAGCUGAACCCACCCGCCAGAGAAGGGGGAUGCGAGGUUGUCUGCAGGCGGCACGAGUUGAGUCAGCAGGAUCAGAGAGACGUAUUGCAAAUUGAGCUGCAGGCAAUGGACAUACUGCCCCUGUCUCCCUAUCCGCUGCUGAGCUAUCAGCUCCCCGCGACGAUACGUGCUGCGUACGUUGCCAUCAAUGGGGGUCAAGAGGAGUUUGAUCCCGCGCUGGCGGGCAUAGAUCGGAGCAUGGGUCGGUUCGGUCUGAAUGAGGAUGGAGAGUCUCUCUGGGAGAAGGGGGAACGUGAAAACCAUUUCAUGCCCGAGGCGUAUGAUGAAGAGUCGGACUUCUCGGAGGACACUGACAACCCUGACGAUGCUGACGACCAGGUGACUGUAGUUGAAUCAGAGACAGAAGAUGCUGGAGACGAGGUGACUAUUAUUGGCUCGGAGACAGAAGUUGCUGACCUCGAACAAACUGAUUGA